AUGACUUUACAGGCAAUCAGAUAUAACGAGGGCAAUCUGUCCAUCAUAGAUCAACUGCAGCUUCCAUAUGUGGAACAAUACAUAACGAUACAAUCAAGUGAGGAAGCAUGGCACGCUAUAAAAGAUAUGCGUGUAAGAGGAGCACCCGCUAUUGCCAUUGUAGCGGCCCUCGCUCUUGCAUCUGAACUUCAUAGCCUUAUGGCAUGCAACGGCAUUCCCUCGGAAGCCCCAGAGGUUCAAGCCUUUAUCAUGGACAAGCUAGAUUACCUUGUGAGCAGCAGACCCACGGCAGUAAAUCUUGCCGAUGCUGCUCGGAAGCUUAGGGCCGUGGCGAGUGAUCAUACACAGAGGCCUGGAUCAACCGGGCGCAGCGUUGCUACUGCUCUGAUACAAGCAGCAGAGGAAAUGCUGAUGAAGGAUAUUGAGGACAACAAAAACAUUGGAAAGCAUGGUGCCCAAUGGAUCAUGGCCAAUGCCGUGGGCAAGUCGAAGGCUACUGUUCUCACCCAUUGCAAUACGGGCUCCCUUGCAACAUCAGGUUACGGCACUGCGCUCGGAGUUAUCCGCGCCCUUGCGUCUACAGACAAUCUCAACCAUGCUUACUGCACCGAGACACGACCCUACAAUCAAGGAUCUCGGUUGACUGCGUUCGAAUUGGUCCACGACCGUCUCCCCGCCACCCUCAUAACAGAUUCUAUGGCCGCUGCUCUACUUGCGAAGUCUGGUACUCAGGUAGAUGCCAUCGUAGUGGGAGCGGAUAGGGUGGCUGCGAACGGAGAUACGGCGAAUAAAAUUGGUACUUAUGGCCUCGCUGUGCUUGCAAGGUAUCACGGUGUGAAGUUCCUCGUUGCUGCACCGCUUACUACAAUUGAUCUGGCCACCCCGUCCGGUCAUGAAAUCAUUAUCGAGGAACGUGCGGCCUCCGAGGUCACAACUGUCAGAGGACCACGUGCCAACAAGUCUACCAAUGGUAUUGAAUUAGAAACUGUGCGCAUAGCCGCUGAUGGCAUCAAUGUCUGGAACCCGGCCUUUGAUGUCACACCGUCCACACUUAUUGACGGUAUCAUUACUGAGAAGGGCGUGGUAGAGAAGGACGCCGAUGGCCAGUUUCACUUGGAGGGCUUGUUUCGCAACUCCUUCUCAACAUGA